CAGUUACGACAGCAGGGUUUUUUAUUCAACUCACUCGUGUCAAUGGUCUCCAUCAGUCCUCCUCUCGCUAGCAAGUCCUGCAACUCGCCCACUGCUGCAAUCGCUGUCAAUCGUCGCAGCGAUCUCCCUCACUCACGGAGCAAGAUAUAUGGCCAUUCCUCCUAUGGUGACUUUCGAUCAUAUUCAAAACAUGAACGAUAUUGCUCUCAAGCCUCAGUUGCUGCGCUCACUCAUAAGUGAACACUUGCCGGACAAGAAGCAUCCACUCAAAGGCCUUCCAAAGCUAUCCUAUGUUGUGUUUAUGGUCAAGACUCACCGACUGCUAUUGGAAUCUCUUGCUGCAAAAGAAAAUUUGCCGAAGGUGAUUGAGAACUGGAAAGCUGCCAUAGAUUCAUGGAUCAAUCACUUACUGAUGCUCGCAUCCAGCAAAAUGCCAGAUAAAUGCUGGAUUGGAAUAUGCCUGCUUGGAGUAACUUGUCAAGAAUGCAGUCCUGAACGUUUCCUGGCAUCAUAUUCCAUUUGGCUCCACAAGCUCCUAUUGAUUAUUCAGCAGACUCCAGCAGAUUCUCAGUUCCUGAAGGUGGCUUGCUGUGCCUCUCUGUUGGAUAUGAUCACAAGGCUGCGCAAAUUUCCAAGGGUAAAGAAAGAAGUAAACUCUGUGGCUGUAAAAGUUGUGCGAUCAGUUUUGAAGAUUCUGAAUGAAGAUAGCUCAGAAGCUUUAUUGGAAGGAGCUGUUCGAUUGCUGUCCACCUUUUUAACUUCCUUCCCUGCUUCCAUUAGUUGUUUUUAUGAUAGCGCUGAAUCUGCUGUUGUUUCAAAAAUUAUGUCAGGGAAGUGCAGUCGAAAAUUGUUGGAGGAGCUUGGUCAUUGCUUGGCAUUACUACCAAAAUCAAGAGGAGAUGAGGAUAGCUGGUCAUUAAUGAUGCAGAAGAUUUUAUUAUCAAUCAAUAUGCACCUAAAUGAUAAUUUUCAGGGUGUUGAAGAAGAAUCAAAAAGUAAUGAAGCUAUGAGGCUAUUGGUUCCCCCUGGAAAAGAUCCCCCUCCUCCCUUAGGUCAUCUAGCAGGAGAAGUGUCAGAACAUGGAACAAAAAGACCCGAGCCAUUGCAGAUAUCCACUAUCUCUAUCUUGAUGCAUUGUUGUUGUACAAUGCUUACAUGUUCUUAUCCUGUACAGGUAAAAGUUCCAAUCCAACAAUUGGUAGCCCUUGCUCGGAGAGUGCUGAUGGUUGAUGGGUCCUUGUCCCAAGCCUUAUUGUCUUGCAUUACUUCCAUGCAACAAGAACGCAUAUGUUCAGAACUUCCAGUUCUGCAUUUGUGCAGUCUGGAUCUCCUUGGUGCUGUCUUAGAGGGUGUGUUCAGUGAACUAUUACCACAUGUAGCAGAAAUUGUGCAGAUAUUAAAAGAAUAUUUCAAGAGAUGUGUAUUGCCAGAUCUAAGGAUAAAGGUCUACUCAAUAACAAGGAUUUUGCUGCUCUCCACAGGGGUUGGAACUGCAGUUUAUAUCAGCCAGGAUGUUAUCGACAAUGCCAUUGUUGAUUUGGACUCUAGUGCCCAUGAGGGUGGUGGAAUAUCUUCUAGUCCAUUUGCAAAGCCCUCCAAUGAUAUGUUGCUGCCCUUCCAAAAGAAACGGAAGCAGGCUAGUAUAGCCAAUUCUCUUCAAGAGCAGCCUGAUAGAGUUGAUCUAGAUGUGGGGAUGCCCAUAAACCCAGCCACAAUAUCAAUAAAGAUAGCUGCACUAGAGGCAUUAGAAGCACUCCUGACUGUGGGUGGUGCUUUGGGAGCUGACAGUUGGCGAUCAAGUGUUGAUUAUCUUCUUCUAAAUGUAGCUACAAAUGCAUGUAAAGGAGGAUGGGAAAACGAGGAAAAACGUGUUUUCUUUUCUAGUGAACAUGUCCCAACCUGGGCAGAUUUUCAGCUUGCAGCCUUGCGUGCAGUUUUGGUAUCUCUUCUUUCGCCUGCUCGUGCUCGGCCCCCAACUCUAGCCCCUAGUCUUGAGCUUUUCCGUAGAGGCAAGCAAGGAGCAGGAGGAAAACUUAACGAAUUCUGUGUUCGUGCACUUCUUUCCUUGGAAGGGCUCAUACAUCCUAGGGUGUUUUCGGUUCUUGAUCCCUCAUGCCGCAGCGUCUUCUUUGAUGAGUUUGACGGCAGGUCUCCACUUGUAUACGCAUAUAGUGGUAAACAAAAUGCCCCAGUUUCAAGCAGCAGCCGGGGAAAGAGGCCUGUUGAUUGCAUUGUAGAUGAUGAGGACUGCAACAACGACGAUGACGAUGAUCUGUACCAAAGUUGGCUGGCAAACGACGAGCAUGAGAUUCCGGCAACUGUCUCAGGAAGUGAUGGAACUAUUACUCUGAAACCUCCAGGGACACCCAGCUUUCCUCCUGUAGCUGAUUCUGGGAGUACUAGAGUUCUCGAAGGAAUUGAAGGGGAGUUAGCAUCAGCCAGUGCAGCUACGGGGAUGGAACAGCAAGGGGAUGAAGACAUGAUCAAAGCAUUCCUACUUGAAGAGGCUGCCACCAAGCGAGGCGAUCCAGCGCCUGCUGCAGAGCCAGCAGAAGACCCGGCGGCAGGCAGCAGCAGGAGGGAUGCCUUGGCAGACAGGGCUGACCCCGCGUUUGCCGCCGUCCAAUUGGAUACUGAAGCAGCAUCAUCAUCAUCAAUGGAGUCGCUUCCUGACAUCGUCGCCGCAGACCCAGAUUCUGACUAGGCUUUCCCAACUUAUGAAACAAGUAGUGUAGAUUGUAAUUGAAAUGUGGGUAAUAUGUUCUCAUGAUGGAUGAAACUUAAAACAUCUGUCCUUGGGUUGCUGUCCAGGUUAUGUAGUUUGUGUUGGGUGUUCUGCUUCUUCUGUUUAGACUUACAUUAGUGGUGUGUGAGACUCAAAAAGCAAAUAUUGUUUGGCCACUAGUCCUGAUUAGUCCCAUGUGUUUUAUACUA